CUGGAGGAGAGCAAGGAGCAGAUAAUGGCCAUGCAGGCUGGGCUGCUCAAGGUGGUGCCCCAAGCUGUUCUUGACCUCUUCACCUGGCAGGAGCUGGAAAAAAAAGUCUGUGGAGACCCUGAAGUCACUGUUGAUGCCCUGAAGAAGCUCACCCGGUUUGAGGACUUUGAGCCAUUGGACACCCGUGUUCAGUACUUCUGGGAAGCGCUCAACAACUUCACCAAUGAGGAUCGCAGCCGCUUCCUCAGAUUUGUCACUGGCAGAAGCCGCCUUCCGGCACGGAUCUACAUCUAUCCAGACAAGAUGGGCUCUGAGACAACAGAUGCUUUGCCGGAGUCCUCCACCUGCUCCAGCACCCUCUUCUUGCCCAACUAUGCCACAGCCAAGGUAUGUGAAGAGAAGUUGCGCUAUGCUGCCUAUAACUGCGUGGCCAUUGACACAGAUAUGAGUCCAUGGGAGGAAUGAUGUGGCAGCCUGACCGAGCAGCAUGGACAAUCAUUCGACAAAACUGUGCAGUGAGAAGAGCUCCCUUGUCCCUCCAGAUGUGUAUAUAUAAUAAACGUAUAGGUGUGAAGCCUG